CGAGAGGCACUCGUCUAAACGAAUUGUGACUGCCGUCUGUGGGACGUCAAGUCUCAUUGUCGUUGUGACAAACGAUAAGAGCUCGCGCGAGUCAUGCACUACCUCACCCCUCCGCAUCCCACUUCAACCCCACUUACGCAAACAAACACCCCGCGACGCGUCGGACCACCUUCUAGGCGUGUCUUCGUCUUAAAAUUCCACGUCUCCCUUUCUUUCUCUUAAACUGAUUGCAUUGUUGUGCCCACCAUGUCGUACAAUUUCAAGGACAAGGUCAUCCUCAUCACAGGCGCCGGCAGUGGAAUAGGCCGCGCCACCGCCGUGAAACUCGCCUCCCUCUCCGGCACGCUCGCCCUCUGCGACAUAAACUACGACAAUCUCGAAGCCACAGCAAAACUAUGCGUCGGCACGCCCACGCCGCCUCUGCUGUCUGACGUCGACGUCUCCUCGGUCAAAGAAGUCCAGACCUUCCUUGAAGACACGCUCAAGAAGUUCCACAAAGUAGACCACGUCUUCAACUGCGCGGGCGUAAACCCGACCUCGAUCCCCCUCGAAUCCACGCCAGACGAAUACUGGGAGAAACUCGUUUCCGUCAAUCUAAAAGGCGUCUUCAACGUCACACGCGCCGCGAUCCCGCAUCUGACGCGCGGCUCCACCUUCGUAAACGUCUCGUCCAUCUCCGGCCUGAGGCCCUCCGCGCAGCAGGCCGUCUACUGCACCACCAAGUACGGGCUCAUCGGGUUCAGCAAGUGCAUCGCGCUCGAGCUCGGGCCGCGCGGGAUCAGGACGAAUGUCGUGUGUCCGGGGUACAUCGACACGCCUACGAAUGCGGGCAUUGUCAAGGGCGGGAGCGCGAUUGAGGGCAUGGUGAAUGGGAAUGCGUUACACAGGCUGGGCACGCCCGAGGAGGUGGCGGAUGUGGUGGCGUUUUUGAUGAGUGAGGAGAGCAGGUAUAUGAACGGGAGUGUGGUGGAGAUUGACGGGGGAGUAAAAAGCAACUCGGAUCCGCCGCCGGCGGGGCUGAGUAAGUGAGGUUGGAGCCAGGGGGAUGAAGGGGGCUAAUGGUGCGAUAGGUGGAGGCGGGGUUGAGAAGAGUAAGGUGUAGCUGGGGUGAAGUCGUAUUGAUGUGGGAGUAAUCGUAGGCGGACUGAAAUGCCGUACGGAGGCGCAU